AAUCAUAGCUGAAUGACAAGAUUAGCCCAAAUCCACCUGUUCGAUCCAGCAAUUAGGGGUUAGAUCCCUAAUGAAUUUAAUAUGAAUUCUCAUUAUCGCAUCGCAGCUUCCUCAACCACCAUCGGGUUUAAAGAGGCACCGCAGAUGAAUUAUGCCCAUCUUUCAAGUGUAUUGUGUGACCCAGUUGUCACCAUAUUCACUGCUCGAUCGGCUUGAGAGGACUGUUGUGUAGUGAUAAUGGCAGGAGUUGCACUCUUCACACCGUGGAACGAAGCAGUGGAAAAGGUGAUCGACGCGCCUGUUGAAAAAUCCUGGGCGAUCGCCGGCGACUUCUUGGGGUUCCCAAGCCAGCACAUCGACAAGAUCGAGCAUGUGAAGGGGGAGAAAGGGCUCCCGGGGUGCCAACGCAAGCUCCUCUACACGAACCAGAAAGGCGGCCAGAAUUUUGUGGUUGAGGAGCUUGUGAGCGUAGAUGCUGGAGAGCACAAGGUGACCUACAAGCUUGUCGAAACCGACGAGAUUGUGCAGCCAGGUCAAGAAGCAUACAUCCAGUUAACCGCGGAGAGCGAAGGAAAGACUCGCAUCAAAUGGCCAUUCCGUUUCACAAGCACUCAAUUUGACAGGGAGAUGCUCACUCAAAUCUAUCAACACCUGUUCAACACUUGGGCCGGGGAGCUUGAGAGGCGCGCUAGAGAGUGAUACCUCUGUGGCAAAAAAGAUUUUUUUUUUAAUUUUUAAUUUUUAAAAACACACUUACCAGACAAAAUGUAGGUGACAAACUGUGAUUUUGAAAUGAUUCACACUGGUGGGGUCAAACUUCGGAGCUUUCUGUUUGCAUGUC